CGUCGAAGGAAAUUUUGACGUGAAACGAAAGGAAGCGCGGAAUUUCAUGUACAGUUGAAUGAAACCAACAUGAACAUGUCUUGUACCAUUCCUGGUAAUAAUAUAAAAGUUUUUGCGCGUGCCAUUCAUUCUUUGGCAAAGAUUGGAGAAGAAUUAUACAUUGAACAACUGGAUGAUGGGUUGUAUUUAAAGACAGUCAAUUCUUCUCGAUCAGCCUUUGCUAGUUUUCAGUUUCAUCCCAAAUUCUUUAUCCAGUAUUUGUGUGACUAUCAUAGCAACGGUGAUAACUUAAACAGUGCCAAAGACGAACCACUUCGCUGUAAAAUAUCAAUAAAGUCUUGUCUGAACAUUUUCAAAUCCGUUGCAACUAUAGAGAAAACUGUACAGAAGUGUAAGAUUAUGCUUAAUGUUAAAGAUGACAGAUUGAUGUUCAAAUUGCACUGCAAACAUGGAAUUAUCAAAACACACAAUCUAGCAUUUAUCGAAUGUGAAAUGUUACAGGCAGUAUUUGAUGUAGACGACUGUGAGAAUCUCUUGAUAGCUUCAUCAAGGCUUUUAUGUGAUGCUGUACUAAAUUUCCAGAACAACCAAGAAGAAGUAACUCUGGAAGUAUCAAAGGAAAAAAUUUCUUUCAAGAAUCAUGUGGAUGAACCAGAUCCCAAAAAGCAUAUGCGGACAGAGUUAAACCUUCUUCCAGAUGAGUUUGAUGAAUGCAAGAUUGCUAACAAUACGAAUAUUACAUUCUGUCUUAAGGAACUUCGCGCUAUCCUACUUUUUGCUGAGGCAACCAGUCUUCCUGUCAAGCUCUACUUUGAUACCUAUGGCAAGCCAAUUAUAUACUCAAUUCAGAGUGAGAGACUGUUUGAAGCAAAUUUUGUGUUAGCUACACGUGAUGAGACUGAAGAUAAUCCAUGUAGUCAAGCUUUAUCAAAUAGCAAGAAAGCUAAUCACACAAAAGGCAAACAGUCUAAACUUUCUGCACAUUCAUCUAAAACAUCAUCAGGGAAAAACAAAGGACCUGACAGAGAAGCUGCAAAUAAUAUGCCUACCUCCUGUCAGAUGGAUGCAGAUGAUUCUUUCAAUGAUGAUUCCAUCUUUGUGGAAUGGGAUGAGUUUACAGUAAAUGAACCUGGUGAUGUAAGCACGCCCAAUAUUUCACGUUAUGCUCACCAAGCACCCACAGAAAGUUCACCAAGCAGCAAGCAAAAGGUUAACUCUCAUAAAAAAGCUUCUGAACAUGAAUCGCAAGAAGAAUCUAGCAGUCCAAUUAUAGCUGUUCAAUUCAUUCCCAAGCCUAAUCUCCACGUCUCUAAACAAAACAAUGAUGAUAGUGAAGAUGAUGUCAUUCCUGGAACACCUCCUAGUAAAAAAGUAAGAAUUGAGGAAUUAUUAAAUACUUUUAUAUAUAUAUAUAUACUUUUAUACAAACUGAAGAUAUUCAAUUAAAUAUU